CGCAGAGCUCACAGAUGAUACAACUUCAGUCUAACGAGGCAUUUCUGCAAUACAACAGAGAUAAGCUCAGUGUUUCCAAAUGUCUGCGUCCUGUAAAUGGUCGUUUUAUAUGUGAAGGAGUAUGUAAUAAGUGGAUAUCCGUAGGUCUACCUGUUUAAUGCGCGUUUUUCCUCUACGAUAUUUGGAUUUCUGCAGAGUUUCUGCUCCUUCAGGAUGAGACUGUGGACUUUACUUGUCAUUAUCCCGGUGUGCGCAUCCUCUCCUCCUCCAGUCGAAGCGUCUAAAGUCAGAGAUCCAGCUGUGGAGCGCCGCUGCUCUGGCCGAGCGUGCAACCCGCGCAUGGGCAACUUGGCCCAGGGCAGAGUGCUGAGCACCCGGUCGGUCUGCGGCUUCAACUCCUCGGAGCCCUUCUGCUUCUACAAACAGUCUGCAGCCCCCCGCAGCAGGGAGUCCUGCCCGGCGGCACAAUGCAGCCGGUGCAACUCCGCCGUCCCCAGCCAGGCGCACCCUCCCUCCGCCAUGAGCGACUCCUCCUUCCGCUACCCUGACACCUGGUGGCAGUCGGCGGAGGGGGUGAAGGUGGAGACGCUCCAGCUGGACCUGGAGACGGAAUUUCUCUUCACCCAUCUAAUCCUGGUGUUCCGCUCCCCCCGCCCUGCUGCCAUGGUGCUGGAGCGCUCCCAGGACCGGGGGCGCACAUGGAAGACCCUCAGAUAUUUUGCCCGGCGCUGCGAGGAGGUUUUCGGGGAGGCAGAGGGGUCACCGGUGGGGGAGAGUGGGGCCACCUGUACCUCCAAGUAUUCAGGAGCUUUUCCCUGUACCAGAGGAGAGGUGAUCUAUCGCGCUCUGUCGCCCUGGCACUCAGUGGAUCCCUACGGGCCGGACGCUCAGGACCAGCUCAUGAUCACCAACCUGAGAGUCCGUCUGCUGCGGAGCCAGACGUGUCCCUGCCAGGCCAAACAUCCUGGUGCCGCCGUCCUCCCCACGGACCAUUACGCCAUCUAUGAUUUUAUUGUCAAAGGCAGCUGCCUUUGCAACGGACAUGCUGACCACUGUGUACCCACCAGAGGCUACCAGCACAGCCUACAGAGGAGCAGCAACAUGGUCAACGGCAAGUGUGUUUGCAGACAUAACACAGCCGGCGACCACUGCGAGCGCUGUGCACCUCUCUACAAUGACCAACCCUGGCAGGCGGCCAACGGCAUCACAGGGACACCGCAUGAAUGCCAGAAGUGCAAGUGUUACGGCCACGCCAAGAGCUGUCACUUCAGCCGAGGACUUUGGUUAGCAACGGGGCGGUGGAGCGGCAGCGUGUGUGACGACUGCCACCAUAACACAGAAGGCCGGCAUUGCCAGAACUGCAAGAUGGGCUUCUACAGAGACCCCAACCGACCAAAAACUGCACCUGACUCCUGCAAACCCUGUUCUUGCCACCCUGUGGGCUCAGCUCUCUCAGGUGGUAGCCCUCUCUGUAACCCCAGCAGUGGGGAGUGCACUUGUAAGCCUGGCGUUGGAGGCCCCCAUUGUGACAGCUGCAUGAUGGGAUACUGGGGGCUUCAUGAAUACGGCUGCCGUCCAUGUGACUGCACAGGGGACUGCGACCCCUACACCGGCGACUGCAUUUCUGGCUCAGAUGUGGAGGUCUCCUAUACAGCCACCGGCCACAUGGGACACAGCAGCAAUAAUAGUGAGAUGGCACUCUUUAGGGUAGAGGAGCUUUUCUCUGCACUGCACCACUCUGAGAAAUGUGAAUGUGUAGAAGUAACACUUGGCAGUCCAAAACUCUUCUGUGCUGCAGAGUUUGACUAUGUGCUGGUGGGGAAGGUGAUGUCAGCUCAUGAUAAAGGCUCUCAUGCAGAAGUGGAAGUCAAGGUCAAGAAGGUCUUAUACCAGAAUCCUCAGAUGAAGAUCCAGAGAGGGAGUGUUACUCUUUACCCAGAGUCCUGGACCAUCCAAGGCUGUACCUGUCCCAUCCUCAACCCAGGGUCUGAGUAUGUAGUGGCUGGUCAUGAAGACUGGAGGACUGGCCGACUUAUGGUCAACACCAAGAGCCUUGUUAAACCGUGGAAGUCGAGCCUGGGACGUAAACUCCUGCACAUCCUUAGAAAAGACUGCGGCCGCUGGUAGGGAAUCGCUAAGAACUGCAAAGGAGAGAUGGAUGUAGCACUGGUGGAUCAUCUGAUGACGUGUCCGAUGAGUGAAAAAGUGGUCAAACAGUUGUCGGAGAGACUCUUGGACGUUGCUUGGACACUAAAGCAAAAACAGACAAUUUCUUGUGUUCCCAAAAAGCAGCCUGUGGCCCCCAGAAAUGCUACAGGACUGUGGAUGAUGUGAACUGGUGGUAGAAAUAAGCACAUACAGCGAAACAGAUACCUCGCCAGACUACAGUCACUGAUCAAAGAGAACAAAGCAAGCCGUGAAGACUUUUAUCCAGACAAAGCUGAUGUUGGAACUUUUAUUCCUGUGUCGGUAUGCCUCAGCUCCUAAGUCCUUCCAAUUAUUUAUAAAGCAGUAAGGAGUGCAUAUUAAAUCCUCAAUUAUACUUUAGUUCCUGUCCAAAGUUGCUGUCAGAGUUGAUGAGCCAAAGCACUGUCACGUCCUGCUCCAUCUAUUUCACUGAGAACUAUUUACUUUGGAAUGUUGCAAAGGCGCAGACUGAAUUAUCCUUGUCGUCUCACAGAUAUUGGCGAUAAAUCAUGAAUGAGUCAACAUCAGAAUGAGCGUGUGUGUGGGUGUGUGUGUGUGUGUGUGAGUGUGUACAUAUGCUUGGUGUCCUUGGCGGGGAGUCUGGGACUGUGCAGGUCAGAACAAGUAACUCCUGGAUGAGGAGAGAGGAUGAAAAAAACAUUAAAGGAAUCAGGCGGCUUAAUCUGAACAGCUCUGCUUUGCUCUGGCACACUCGCCCGCCUGCUGUCUGACAAGAGCAAAACACUCUCCGCUCCACCCUCCCCCCCGGUCUGCAGGACGCACAACUGGCUAAAACUCUUGGGAUUGAGUUCGCUCUUACAGCUAGUUCAGUUACGAAGGUGAAACGUCGGGCUGCGUGAGGAUUUUUGCUGUCCUCAAAAGACCCGCUUCCAUAUGAGGAGGAUCCGCUGGAGAAGGCCUCUCUGAUCCCAACCCCGUAGGGAGCCGGCGUGCCUUUGUGAGAAAGACUGCGCACGCUCUCUUAACAUAUGUUUCUCUUUUUGGCCUGUGACUCCAGCUGCCCCAAAAUAAAUAUGUAUUAAAAGCCGGGGUAUUAAUUGACAUCACCGUGUAUCAGAUCCAGAGUCCACAGGCCAUUUUUGAGCCAGGCCCAGUUAAGAAUAGGCCUGCUGUGCUGUCUCCAAGGAGAAGGACAAACUGUGUGAGGAGACAUGAUGCAUUCCUCAGCCAUGGCAUCACCACCCGUGUCCUUGUCCCAAAGACUUUACCAAAAUAAGAGAAAAUGGGUUGGAAAUUUUCUUUUAGAGGACAAAGCGGUGAUUUAGGGUGCAUGAACGUACUCUGCCAUCAAUGUGAUAUUUGUAAUGCUAUUUCUGUGUGUCCUGUUUGCUCUUUUUUCAUCUAAAACUGCAUAAACUACA